GGCCCAGGGAGACAUGGAAUGGGACAGAAGAGGGACCAGGAUCUUCUGGAGUGAUGGCGCAUGCCAGUGAUCCAGGACACGGAAUUGCUUUUGAAGUUUGUUUCGUCUGGGUGGUGAAUCACUGCUGGGUUCAGAUAUAUUUUGCACCUGCUCUUCAUUCUAAGGACUGUGGUUGGCAGGCCCUGCGGUGGAUGGAGGCCACGUGGGACAAAGGCUUUUGCUGAGCGCCGUAAAUGAUUAGCCCCUAUGACAAACAUGAGCUGGAGUUUCCUGACCCGCCUGCUGGAAGAGAUCCACAAUCACUCCACCUUCGUGGGGAAGAUCUGGCUCACCGUCCUCAUCGUCUUCCGCAUCGUGCUGACGGCCGUCGGAGGCGAGUCCAUCUACUCGGACGAGCAGAGCAAGUUCACCUGCAACACCAAGCAGCCGGGCUGUGACAACGUCUGCUACGAUGCCUUCGCGCCCCUUUCGCACGUCCGGUUCUGGGUCUUCCAGAUCAUCAUGAUCUCUACCCCCUCCGUCAUCUACUUGGGCUACGCCAUCCACCGGAUCGCGAGGUCCUCGGAGGAGGAGAAGAAGAGGUUUCGGAAUUUCAAGAAGAGGAAGCAGUUCGUGCUCAACUGGCAGGCGGCCCAGAAUCUGGAGGACUCCCUGGGCGCAGAGGAGGAGCCCAUGAUCGCUGAGGAGGUGGCGGAAAACGAGGAGAAGAAGACAAAGGAGGAGGAGAAGAAGGGGCAGAAACAUGACGGCAGGAGGCACAUCCAGGAAGAGGGGCUGAUGAAGAUUUAUGUCUUCCAGCUUCUCACCAGAGCCUCCUUCGAAGUGUGUUUCCUGGUAGGGCAGUAUAUGCUCUAUGGCUUUGAGGUCAGACCCUACUACCUUUGCAGCCGAGACCCCUGCCCCCACAACGUCGACUGCUUUGUGUCGAGGCCCACGGAGAAGACCAUCUUCCUCCUGGUGAUGUACGUGGUCAGCUGCCUUUGCCUGUUGCUCAACCUGGCAGAGAUGUGCCACCUGGGCAUCGGCACCAUUCGCGACGCCAUCCGUGAGCGGAAAAUCCACAGCUUCCGGCAGCCGCCUUACAAUUACGCCGCCUACCCAAAGAACAUCUCCUGCCCGCCGGAGUAUAACCUGGUGGUGAAGUCGGAGAAGCAGGCCAAGAUCCCCAACAGCCUGAUGGCUCACGAGCAGAACUUGGCCAACGUGGUCCAAGAACAGCAGUGCACCAGCCCCGACGACAACAUCCCCCCGGAUUUGUCUACCCUCCAUAAACACUUGCGGGUGGCUCAGGAGCAGCUGGACAUUGCUUUCCAGAGCUACAACGGCACUCAGGGGAACAGCCAGCCCUCGAGAACCAGCAGCCCGGCCUCCAGCGGGUCGAUGGCAGAGCAGAAUCGAGCCAACGUUGCCCAGGAGAAACACGGGGCCAAGCCGAAAGCCAGUUCGGAGAAGGGUAGCGUGAAUGGCAAAGACGGGAAAAACUCGGUGUGGAUCUAGAGCAGGGUGAACAGGCCAAGGGCCCCAACUGCCUGGUGGCUGCGCAUCAGGAAAAGGGGGGUGCCUUCUUUGAUGAAAUGGGCUUUGUUUCGGAGAACCCUAGGCGUAGACAAGGCCGAAGCGGGAGUGCCAUCCGGUAGUUGACCAGAGGCCUUUGCUUAAUUCCUUGGUUUGUAUAUGCUCCCCCCUUUCAUUUUCUGGGAAAAGCAGAAUCUGUGCCCUCCGAUGGCAGCGCGGGAAGGAUCCGUCCUCGACGUUUGUCCUCGUCCUUCCAGGGAAGAUUCAAACACGGUGCUGAUUGCAAGAUUUAUCCUUCGACUUGAGGCUCCAGAGAGCAGACGAGAGAGAAUGCAGUUUCUCCAAGGGGCUGUCAGUCACCCCUUGGCACGAGAGCCCACCUUCCCAACCUGCCUUGCUCGGUUGGGGUUCUCAGGUAUAACCUCCCUUUCUAAACUGGCGGCAUUCAGCACGUCAUCCUACGCCGUCCCUCCCUCCCUUUUUUCCCAC